AUGGCAACCUCUGCUUCCCCUUUACCAUCUGGUCCUCUCCGCUUUGCAACCUCAACUGCCGACUCAUCAAGACCUCACACUUUCGCACUCCGCUAUCCAUCUUCCCACCCCGCCGGACUUUCAAACGCUGGCGCUUCGUUAUCUUCUACCGCCUCGGGCGAUGUCUCCCUACGACAAGGUGCCUCCGAGCCUUGUGGUCGUCGCUGGGCUGGUCAGCCAACAAAGACAACCGAUAUAGAGUGUGCCGUCGUCUGGGACGAGAAUCAACACUGCUGGAUUCUUCAUCGACUCGAUAACAUCGUUCAUCUCAGGAACGAUGACCCCGGCCCGCUCCAGAAGAAACCCACUGCCAAGUUAACCACCCAAUUGGCUCUCCCUAAACCUGCCCUCUCCGCCCCACCACCCCCAAAAUACCCCCGAGUAGUGAGACCCUCGCAACCCCGGCACAAUUCUUCCGAUGCCUCCACUUCAUCCUCCUCCAACAUCACUCGUUCUCAAGAUCGUGAUCACAACAACAGAACUCGUUACACCGACGAUCGUUCCAACCGCUCCACUACUACCACUGCCACUACCACCAACACCAACACCACUAGCCCUCAAGUCAAUUUGGUGCUUCCCACCAAAAAGAGGGAUUAUUCUGCCUAUUCCUCCCAAAAUCCUCAGACCCACAACCCACCCGCCCACAGACCCUUCAAUCAAUCCAAUUUGAUCACCACUUCACCUGCCAGCGAUACUGGCCCUCUUCGCGUCGCACAGGCCGAGGAAGUCGAAGAGUUUGACUUUGAUAGUCCUGCUGAUCCCGAUCCUCCUCCUCAACCUGACCUUGGCGCACCUUCACCCUUAUCGCCUCUGAAGCUUCCCAGUCCUGCUUCCCAUCAGCCUCCGGCACAUUCCUACCCAGCACGUCCCCAUCUGGGCAACCUCGCACCAGCUGCGACCAGUCCUGCUGGGCGGCCUACCCUUAGCCGCUCGCCUUCUGUGGCUGAUAAUGGGGCCUCAUCAGCCUCCCUUGCUCGACCAAACGCAAACCCUCCCUUGAUCCUUCCGUCCCGCCCAUCCAAUUCUCGCCCCAAGGCCGUGUCUCCCGCGUAUCCUUACAACGGUCUCCCCCGAUCGGCCAAUCUAUCCAACCAGCCUACUGCACCAAGCCCACUGGCGAGUAUUGCCUACUCAUCUAGCUCAUCUCCGGAAGACCGAGUACCCACAGCAACUACUCCAGCGUUGGUGAGCGUCUCGCCCGCCUCAGUCACCGUCACAACAACUGAAAGCGUCCCGAGUCAUGGCGGGCCAACUCGACGUUUCCCCGUGCCAUCCUCAAACGGAAUUAACGGAAGGUCCGGAGUCAGUUCACCGAUACCCACUUGGCAGUACACUCAACACCUGCAACAGCCCCAUGGCAAAGGUGGAUCUCCACUUGGUGUCAACGGGAAUCGAUCGCCGGCUGCUUUGACCAGUCAGAAUCUGACGACAGUUUCAUCUGCAUCGUCGGUACCUCAGCGCCCCUAUCAGCGUAGCGAUUCCGGUAGUUCUGUUAGAGAGAGUGACACAGACUCGGACGACGACGGGGAGGGAUCAUCUGAGGAUGAGGAAGGCUUUGACCCAGUCCCAGCCCCACCUCAACCCACCGAACCCCCACCACCACAGGUUGUAGAGCCCCUGAGGGACUCGGAGCAAGAUGCUGAGGCAGAGGAGGAUGACGAGGACGACGAGUUUGAACUGACGAACAUCGCCACAGAAUUGGAAGCUAGUAUGAUGAUCGGUGCAUACUACGGCCCUGAAGUAGGCCUAGGCGCAUAUGGUGCAGCGCCCGCAACAACCGAAGCCAGCCAAGCGGCACCUGCUCCUAAACCAACCAAGAGCAGGAAGAAGGCAGCGAACACUAAUCCGAAGGGUAACGCGACUACUCGCAAAGCUGGUGCUUCUAAAGCGAAAUCCAAAGCCAAGGCAUAA